UGCAUCCCUAGCUUCCACAUACACAGGUUCGCUCUCCGCUCCAGAACCAUGGUUGGACACACUGUGAGAGGUGGCCCGGCGAUGCUGGCGGUGCUGCUGGCGGUGCUGUUGACGGCGGUGCUGGCGAUGCCUCAGACACAUCUUAAGACGCACAAGUGUAGGAAAACUUGCCAUAACCGCUAUGGCAAAAGUCUGUGUUGUGACUCCGUGCCUCAAAAUGAGUUCCCGCGAUGCCCUCCCAUGCCCAGGAUCUUGGUAGACUGCAGUGAUCCCGGCGUCAUGCACAAAGCCGUCAACAUCGAGGUGUGCAAGAGUGACAAUGAUUGCAAGAAGAAUGAGUUGUGCUGUGAUGAUAUUUGCAACACGAAGCAGACCGUAUGCAUGCCCAGCAAGGUUAACAUUUACUACCUGUUCCCAUGAUGAUGCCACCAGAUGCCAGCAACAACAGAUCAACACACACACACACAACUAACACACACACACACACACACACACACACGACACAGCAACAAGGGGUCACAAUUAGAAACUGAAGACUCAGAUGAGUCACAGGAAUGUUAGGAAGUAUUUCUCCAGUCACAGAGUUGUCAGGAGAGUGAUGUAAUGAAGGCAGGAUCCAUACAUAGCUUUAAGAAGAGGCAUGAUAAAGCUCAUGAAGCAGGGGGGGAGUGGACCUAGUAGUGACCAGCGAAGAGGACGAUGGUGCAUAUAUAAAAUUUGUUAUUUUGAUAUAAACACACACACCACACACUCACACACACACACACACAUACACACACACACACACACACACACACACACACACACACACACACACACACACACACACACACACACACACGAGGCAGGAAAGAAGUAUUUUACAGCCUAACUCCAUCCAUGUUGCCUUAUUCUUAACCGCUUCAGUAGAAUUAAAGAAUUCGGAGGGCCCAGGAGCUGUAGUUGAACUUUCACCCUCAGCUAGAUACCCACACAAACUGAGCAAAUCUUAAGCUGUCAUUAUCAGUUAUCCAAACACACUAAUUUAUAUCUUUUCUCUCUACGAUAUAAGACUAUGAAGUUAUAUAUUUCUGUUCUCCCUAGUCAUUAGUUAUUUAUUGUUGAAAGAAUA